AUGGCCAUGAUAGCAGUGCAGAUAGUGCUGGAGAAACUGGCUUCCUUUGCAGCAGAAGAAACUCGGUUGUUAGGAGGAGUUAGGGGAGGAAUCGACGAACUAAGGGAUGAUUUAUAUAGCAUGAAAUCUUUCCUUCAGGAUGCAGAAGCAAGAAGUGAGAGUGAUCAAGGACUGAAAGCUUGGGUGAAACAAGUGAGAAAUGUGGCUUAUGAUGCUGAGGACAUUCUUGAAGAUUUUAUGCUCCGCUCAGCACCACUUCAAGGGAGUGGUUUUAUCCAUUCUCUUCGCAGUUCGUAUCGAUACAUCCGUAAAUUACGUGCUCAACAUCGGGUGGCGGUCCAGUUACAGAACAUUAAGGCAAGGGUAACAGCCAUUGCGGAGAGAAGAAAUGCAUUUUCUUUGAAUAGGGCAGACAUGGCUACGUCCUCCAGCACUACUGUAGAGAAAUGGCAUGAUCCUCGGUUAGCUUCUCUUUACAUAGAUGAAGCUGAUGUUGUGGGAAUUGAAAACCCUAAACAUCUGCUGGUUUCAUGGCUAGUAGAAGGAGAAGAAAGGCUCACCAGUAUCUCAGUGGUUGGGAUGGGUGGACUGGGUAAAACAACCCUUGUCAAGAAAGUUUUCGAUAGCCUACCCAUCAGAAGAUGCUUUGAUUGCCAUUCCUGGGUAACUGUUUCCAAGUCAUUUGCACCCACAGAGCUUCUAAGAGUUGCGCUGCAAGGCUUCCUAGAGGCAACUAAAGAACCAGCUCCAGAGCAUCUGGAAUCAAUGACCGACUUCCAAUUGAUUGGUGCCCUAAGAAAACAUCUACAGCAGAGGAGGUAUAUCGUUGUUUUCGAUGAUGUAUGGAGCGUAAAUGCUUGGGAAACAAUAAAAUAUGCAUUCCCAGAUUGUAAUUGUAGCAGCAGAGUUAUCUUCACUACACGUUGA